GCGGAGGGGCGGGGCCAACAAGGCUCCACCCAGGGCGGGGGUGUCGAGACUCCUCCGAUCCGCUGGGGGCGGUGUGGGCGCCGGACCGAGGUCCCAGCCGGAAGUGCUCACCGCGCGUCCCGGAAGUAUUCCAGUGCCACCCCGGAAGCGUUCUGAGAGGCGCGGCGAGCGGACGGGGCGGCGGCGCACGUGAGCGGCGGCGAUGAAGUUCUCGUACCGGUUCUCCAACCUGCUGGGCACCGUCUACCGCCGAGGGAACCUGAACUUCACGCGCGACGGGGACUCGGUCGUCAGCCCCGUGGGGAACAGGGUCACCGUGUUCGAUCUCAAGAACAACAAGUCAGAGACGCUGCCCCUGGCUGCGCGCUACAACGUCAAGUGUGUGGGGCUGUCGCCGGAUGGCCGCCUGGCCAUCGUUGUGGAUGAAGGGGGCGGCGCGUUGCUGGUCAGUCUGGUGUGCCGGUCUGUGCUCCACCACUUCCACUUCCAGGGCCCGGUGCACAGCGUCAACUUCUCGCCCGACGGCAGGAAGUUCGUGGUCACGAAGGGCAACCUGGCGCAGAUGUACCACGCCCCUGGCCGGACACGCGAAUUCAACGCCUUUGUCCUGGACAAGACCUAUUUCGGGCCCUACGACGAGACCACCUGCAUCGACUGGACAGACGACUCCCGGUGCUUCGCGGUGGGCAGCAAGGACACGUCCACCUGGGUGUUUGGGGCGGAGCGCUGGGACAACCUCAUCUACUACGCGCUGGGCGGCCACAAGGACGCCAUCGUAGCCUGCUUCUUUGAGUCCGGCAGCCUAGACCUGUACACGCUCAGCCAGGACGGAGCCCUGUGCGUGUGGCAGUGUGACACCCCCCCGGAGGGCCUGAGGCUGAAGCCUCCCCGCGGCUGGCAAGCAGACCUGCUGCGGCGGCGGGAGGAGGAGGCUGAGGAGGAGGAGGAGGAAGGCGAAGAGGAGACCACCAUCCGGGGGAAAGCCGCACCCCCUGCCGAGGAGCUGCAGGGGAAAGUGAGCUACUCCCGGCUGGCCAAACACUUCUUCAACAAAGAAGGGGACUUCAACAGCCUGACCGCAGCGGCCUUCCACAAGAAGACCCACCUCCUGGUCACCGGCUUUGCUUCUGGAAUCUUCCAUCUGCACGAACUCCCGGAGUUCAGCCUCGUCCACUCGCUCAGCAUCUCAGACCAGAGGAUCGAGUCUGUCGCCAUCAACAGCACCGGGGACUGGGUGGCCUUCGGCUGUUCAGGCCUGGGCCAGCUGCUGGUGUGGGAGUGGCAGAGCGAGUCGUACGUGCUCAAGCAGCAGGGACACUUCAACAGCAUGGUGGCGCUGGCCUACUCCCCCGACGGGCAGUACAUCGUGACCGGGGGGGACGACGGCAAGGUCAAGGUGUGGAACACGGGCAGCGGUUUCUGCUUCAUUACCUUUACCGAGCACUUGAGUGGUGUCACUGGGGUCACCUUCACGGCUACCGGCUACGUCAUCGUCACCUCCUCCAUGGACGGGACCGUGCGGGCCUUCGACCUGCACAGAUACCGCAACUUCCGAACCUUCACAUCCCCGCGGCCCACCCAGUUCUCCUGUGUGGCCGUGGACGCGAGCGGGGAGAUCGUGGCGGCUGGCGCCCAGGACUCCUUCGAGGUCUUCAUCUGGUCCAUGCAGACCGGCCGGCUCCUGGACGUCCUUUCCGGCCACGAGGGGCCCAUCAGCGGCCUGAGCUUCAAUCCGGCGAGGUCGGUGCUGGCGAGCGCCUCCUGGGACAGGACGGUGCGGCUGUGGGACAUGGCGGACAGCUGGAGGACCACCGAGACGCUGGGCCUGUCCUCGGACGCCCUGGCUGUGACCUUCCGGCCCGACGGCAAGGAGCUGGCCGUGGCCACGCUGAACGCACACAUCACCUUCUGGGAUCCCGAGCGCGCCGUGCAGACCGGCUCCGUUGAGGGCCGGCACGACCUCAGGGCGGGCCGGAAGGAGCUGGACAAGAUUACGGCCAAGCAGUCGGCCAAGGGCAAGGCCUUCACCACGCUGUGCUACGCUGCCGACGGCCAGAGCAUCCUGGCGGGGGGCAUGUCCCGUUUCGUGUGCAUCUACCACGUGCGGGAGCAGAUGCUCCUGAAGAGGUUCGAGAUCUCCCGCAACCUGUCGCUGGACGCCAUGGAGGAGUUCCUCAGCCGCCGCAAGAUGACCGAGUUUGGUAACCUCGCGCUCAUCGACCAGGACGCCGGCGAGGAGGACGGCGUGGCCGUCCCGCUGCCCGGCGUAAAGAAAGGUGACAUGAGCUCGCGCCACUUCAAACCUGAAAUCAGGGUGACUUCUCUCCGCUUCUCCCCCACCGGGCGCUGCUGGGCGGCCACCACCACCGAGGGGCUGCUCAUCUACUCGCUGGACGCCCGGCUGCUCUUCGACCCCUUUGAGCUGGACGCCGGCGUCACCCCCGCGCGGGUGCGGGCAGCCCUGCGGAAGCGGGACCUCACGGGGGCCAUCCUCAUGGCCUUCCGCCUCAACGAGAAGCCGCUGCUGCACGAAGCGCUGGAGGCCGUGCCCUGGGCCGAGAUCGAGCUGGUGUGCUCGUCCCUGCCGGAGCCGUACGUGGAGAAGGCCCUGGAGUUCCUGGCCGCCUCCUUGGAGACGUCCCGCCACCUGGAGUUCUACCUCAUCUGGGCGCAGAAGCUGCUCGUGCUGCACGGCCAGAGGCUCAAGGCCAGAGCGGGGGCGCUGCUGCCCGCCGUGCAGUUCCUGCAGAAGGGCCUCCAGCGGCACCUGGACGACGUGGCCAAGCUCUGUGACUGGAACCGCUACAGCAUCCGGUACGCGCUGGCCCUCUCCAGACAGCGGGGCGUGAAGCGGGCCGCGGAGCACGGGGACGCGGAGGACAGGGACGCGGAGGACGGGGACGCGGAGGACGACCUGCACCUGCUGGGCCGGGGGGCGCCGGGCAGCUCCUGACCCCGCUGCUGACCC